AGAUCUUUCUUGGAUUUUCGAAUUUCCGCUCAUUUGCUCUCUCUGAAUUUGCCUCUCAUUGUUUAUUAGCGAUCGGUAGUAUCGGGAUCGGCUCCAUAGAUGUGUAUAUUACUGAUUUUAUUUCAUUUGGUGGAUUCGGUUUUUGCGCUUUUUUCCUUAUAAUAAAAUUUCCUUCCCUCUUCAUUUUCUUUUCUUUUUUGUCUAAACACACAAAAAGGAAUGAAACAAUGCUGUGCAAUAGUUUACGACCACGCUUUUCUUGUUAUCUGUUUCUUGAAAAUCAUGACACGGUAAUGAGAUCUUAACAGUUGCAUGGCGCAUUCGUGUUUUUAAGGAAAAUUUCGAGGGAGAAUUUCUAGGAGUCGACGAAAAUGAAGCUCUCAAAAAAGGUGGUAGAAGAUGGCGGAUGCAGAGGACAUUCAGCCACUCGUGUGCGACAAUGGGACAGGAAUGGUUAAGGCUGGAUUUGCUGGAGAUGAUGCCCCACGAGCUGUGUUCCCUAGCAUUGUAGGCCGUCCUCGUCACACUGGUGUGAUGGUUGGGAUGGGCCAGAAAGAUGCCUAUGUUGGUGAUGAAGCUCAAUCCAAGCGGGGUAUUUUGACCCUCAAAUACCCAAUUGAGCAUGGUAUUGUGAGCAACUGGGAUGACAUGGAAAAGAUUUGGCAUCACACCUUCUACAAUGAGCUUCGUGUUGCCCCAGAAGAGCACCCAGUUCUCUUAACUGAGGCUCCUCUCAACCCUAAAGCUAAUCGUGAGAAGAUGACCCAAAUUAUGUUUGAGACCUUUAAUGCUCCUGCUAUGUAUGUAGCAAUUCAAGCUGUUCUUUCCCUGUAUGCAAGUGGUCGCACAACUGGUAUUGUGCUGGACUCUGGUGAUGGUGUUAGCCAUACAGUCCCCAUAUACGAGGGGUAUGCUCUCCCACAUGCCAUCCUUCGUCUUGACCUGGCUGGUCGUGACCUCACAGAUCAGUUAAUGAAAAUUCUCACUGAGCGUGGAUAUUCUUUCACCACCACGGCCGAGCGCGAAAUUGUGAGGGAUGUGAAGGAAAAGCUUGCUUAUAUUGCUCUUGAUUAUGAGCAGGAGCUAGAGACUUCCAAGACUAGCUCUUCAGUUGAGAAAAGCUAUGAGUUGCCAGAUGGGCAGGUCAUCACUAUUGGGGCUGAGCGUUUCCGAUGCCCUGAGGUUCUGUUCCAACCAUCCUUGAUUGGAAUGGAAGCAGCAGGCAUUCACGAGACCACAUAUAACUCCAUCAUGAAGUGCGAUGUUGAUAUCAGGAAGGACCUGUAUGGUAAUAUUGUCCUCUCAGGUGGUACAACCAUGUUCCCAGGCAUUGCUGAUAGAAUGAGCAAGGAAAUAUCUGCACUAGCCCCAAGCAGUAUGAAGAUCAAGGUGGUGGCUCCACCGGAGAGGAAGUACAGUGUCUGGAUUGGAGGAUCCAUUCUGGCAUCACUUAGCACCUUCCAGCAGAUGUGGAUAGCGAAGGCAGAGUAUGAUGAGUCCGGGCCAUCAAUUGUGCAUAGGAAAUGCUUCUAAAUGUCCGAGAAUAGAAUCUUUGAAGAAAUAAAGCUCCUGAUUUUGUCCCAGAAAGUUCUUGCAAUUCUUUCAUUCUAGCUUGCAAUCACUUAAUGCAAUUUCCCAUCUUGGAGUGCUCACUUUCAGGGAAGGCGUGGAGUUGAUUUUAAAUAAUGGUCCAUUUCUUCUACUAUUAUAUUUUGAGAAAUUUUUUAUUCUUCCAUUCAAUAUUAUUAAUGCUAUUCGGGCUCC